UUACCGCGUUCUGUCAAGUGGCAUGAAGUUCGUUAAGUAUUGUUUACAGUUUAUUUAUUACAUUUUGAAUAUUUUAUAGUCUUAUGUUCUGUGUGUUGUUUGUUAAAUGUGAUAUAAAAUGGUUAAAGAAACGCCAACGACGCCCAAAAAGCAACUGCUAAGUGCUAACAAAGAAAAACUAAAGGUUAUAACUCCACUUACUGUAAAACUUGAAGCUUUGACUCCAAAGCAAAUGAAAACUAUAAGAAGCAGUGUUAAAAAGUCAAGAUAUCCAAAUGAACCUGUUACACCAAAAGCAAACAUUGAGUUUAGCAUGGAACUUAAGAAAGCUAUCAACGAAAGGAAUAUUUUGACAUCGAAAACAAAAAAGGUUGUGUUUGAUGCUUUGGAUGAUAUUAAAACGAAAACAGAGGAGGAAAGCAGAAAUUACAAGAAAAAUAGAGCCUUAUUAGAGAUAAUAAAUAGUGAAAUGAAGUAUGUGAGUCAGUUGGAAACAAUUAUUAACUUUUUUAUGAAUCCCAUCAAGGAGAGAAAGCUUUUAAAACAAGACGAUUUUGAAACAUUGUUUGGGAAUAUUAAAACAAUAUAUAGCAUCAAUAAAAAUUUGCUUGAAGAAUUAGAUGAAGGCACUAAAAAUGUUGCUCAGGCAUUUUUGAAAGUAGCUCCAUUUUUUAAACUAUAUUCAGUUUAUGCUUACGAUUACAAGAAUUCUUUAAGACUAAUACAAAAUGCAAGGGCUGUUAAUCCUCAGUUUGCUAAGUUUGUAGAAAUGCAGGAAACUCGUCCAGAAGUACAGACAAAGUUGUCGUCUUUACUUAUCACUCCAAUUCAAAGGGUGCCAAGGUAUAAAUUACUUUUAAUGCAUUUGCAAGAAUUGACCUCCACUAAGGAAAAGGAUUACAAUUUAAUUGUAGAAUGUUUGGAGAAAAUAGAUGAUGCUGCUGACCAUAUUAAUAAAGUUGUUGAUGAUCAAGAAAAUGCUCAAAGGUUGCUUGAAUUGCAUAGAUGUUUUUGUGGUGGUGAGCCGAACAUUAUAACUCCUGGAAGAACCCUUAAAAAAGAAGGAAUUCUAAUGAAAAUGUCCUCAAAACAGGCCCACAGUGAAAAAUUGUAUGCAGUAUUAAUGAACGACAUAAUAAUGUUUUGUAAAAUGAAAAAAGAUGGCCCCAAAGUAAAUUCACUAAAAACCAGCCUAAUAUUUCCAUUAAAUAAGAGUAAAAUAACUGAAAUAUUGGAUAAGGGAUGUUUUAAAAUCAAUUGCCAGGAUGAGGAAGUUAUUUUAUACAAUGACAAAUUAGUUGAAACCAAAAAGUGGAUAGAAGCCCUUAAAUUAACAAUUGAAAAUCACAUUGAAGAUAGAAAAUCUUUAAGAAAAGAAAGUUCUUCUAGAAGACCAGUUAAAAGGAAAGAUAUGCAGGAAUAUCAUGAAGUUGGUGUAAGUCCAGGACGUCCACUAAAGAAAAGAAAAAUUGAGGGUUCCCACAUUCAGGGUAGACAACCAAUUCAUUCUCUUCCAUGUUCAUCAUCAUACUUACAAAGUAAUGAAGAUACGGAAAACAACGAAAAUAGGGAUGAAGCUAAUAACCAAGUGUAUGUUUUUGGCAAUCCUCACAAUUCCAAUAGUGGUUUUAAAUUUACAAAAAUGAUAGGGGAUGUUGGUUCAUCCAUUAAAAAUUUCUUUAGUUUUGGUAAGAAAAACUAGAAGAUUUGUCAAAAUUGUUUGUUUUUAUAUUAUUGAUAUAGGUAAUUAAAUUUUUUUACACCCAUAUAUGUAUAAGUAAUAAAAUAUAGUGAAUUACAUAUUUUUGUAUGCAUAUUUGCGCGAUGAACCAUUAUUAAAAAAGAAUCAUUUUUAUGAUUUUUAAUUUAUUAAUAAAACAUUAGAAACAA